CACAGCACCAUGCCUGAGGGAGCCCGUCGGGGCAGCAAGAAGAAAGCAGGCAAUCAAGUGGCCGCCAGACCAUCCUCCGUGUCCUCGCUGAGUGGGAUCGCCGGCGGCAUGGCUGCCGCCACCAUCUCGGGCAGCUGCACCUCGGUCAACACGGUGUGCUCGGACGGCGAGCGGCCCGUCAGCCUCAGCUCCUCCGCCUCCUCCGCCUCCCUGCCUGACAGCCAGAGCGCCUUCGGCAGCAGCGGGGCCUUGGGCGGGGGCUGCCCCGCCGGCUACCCGCCUGACACCCAGCAGAACGGCAGCGACAUCAGCCUCGAUCUCACCCCGGUGGCGCUGCUGGAGGGGCCAGCCGAGGGGUCCUUGGGGGGUGCCAAGUGUGGCGGCGGUGGCAGUGCCUGGUCCCCCGGGCCUGCCAGAGCCAGGGAACGCCGGGUCAAGCUGUCCCAACUGGACCGGGUGGUGCUGGAGAUUGUGGAGACAGAGCAGGCUUAUGUCCGGGACCUGAGGAGCAUUGUGGAGGAUUAUCUUGGCUGUAUCAUAGACAGUGGACACCUGCCCCUCAAACCUGAGCAAGUGAGCACUUUGUUCUGCAACAUCGAAGACAUCUAUGAGUUCAACAGUGAGCUCCUGGAAGAGCUGGAGAGCAGCAGCAGUGCCCACGCCAUCGCUGAGUGCUUCGUGCAACGGAGCGAGGAAUUUGAUAUCUACACCUUGUACUGCAUGAACUACCCCAACUCAGUGUCGGUGCUACGGGAGUGCAUGGAGAACCAGGUGCUGGCGGGGUUUUUCCGGGAGCGCCAGGCCACGCUGUGCCACUCCCUGCCCCUGGAGACCUACCUGCUGAAACCCGUCCAGAGGAUCCUCAAAUACCAUCUCCUGCUGCAGGAGCUGGCCCGGCACUGUGAGCGGAGCAGCGCGGGCUACGAGGUGGUGGAGGAAGCCACCAUCACCAUGACGGCUGUGGCCUGGUACAUCAAUGACAUGAAGCGCAAGCAGGAGCACGCCGCCCGGCUGCAGUGCUGUAACCUGGCCCUCUCGGAGAGCCUCAAGGACCCCCUGAGCUUCAAGAUCUCGGACCUCACCAUCCCCAAGCAGCAGCACAUGGUGCAGGCCAGGAACCAGGAAGAGAAGCGGCUGUGGAUCCAUUACCUGAAGCGCCUGAUCGUCGAGAACCACCCAGCAUCUAUCCCGCAGAAGGCCAAGCAAGUGCUGCUGGAGAACAGCUUCCAAAGCUCCCCAGAGAUCCGCUGCAGCCCAGAGCCCCUGAAGACACCGGCCCCCUCUCCAAGGAUGGAGGAUGCCUGGGGCUUCCCCCGCGGCAGGCGGCAGUCAGAGCCACCCAAAUUCAUGUGCAGCCCGGAGAGAGCCCGCAAAAGCUGCCCCGUCGUCCAGCCGGACAGCGCCACUCAGUACCGCCGGGGGCGCAGGCAGUCCGAGCCGACCACUGAGCUGAGCCAGAUGGGGCAGGAGCAGAACGGUCGCUGUCGGGGGCUCCCAGCCACCCCCAAAUUGAAGCAUGCGGGCAGCGAGGGGGAGCUGUUCCCCGCCCCGCCGCCCCUGGCACUCUCAGGCAGUGUCUGCACCCUGGACUCCAGCGUAGCUGAGGAGUCGGACCACGGUGAGGAUGCCGAGUCACCCCCGUUCUGCCUGGCCGAGGAGCCGCUGUCCAUCACCGAGGAGAUCCUGGAGCUGCUCAGCCAGAGGGGGCUGAGCGGGGACCUGGGUACAGAGGAGACGCCAUGGGGGCAAGGAGAGCAGCGCCCUGGGAGCCCCACUCCACAGCCAGAGCAGGAUCCGCCUCUGAGCCGAGCCGUGCUGGAAGAACGAGCCGAGGGAAGCGAGAUUCAGGAGGCAGACGCCACAGGGGGAGACGAGCCCUGCUGUGGCAGCCUCGGCUUGACGCAACCCCUCCCGCCGCGCCAUCCCCCCCAGAGCGAAUCGGAGGAGGAGCAAAAGGAGGAGCGGGGCCCUUCCCCACUUUGUGUCCUAGAAGACCUGAGUGCAGAGGAGGCCGCCGGCAAGCCAGAGGGCCUGGCAGGGGAUAACGCCCUGCGUGCAGGGCGCGAAGCGUCCAAUGAGGAGCUCGGCUCCACUGAUGGGGCCUGCCCCGCAUAUGGGGAUGGGUCAGCGCAGGACUCGCCGCUGACCCGAGACGACCGGCUGCUGAUCGAGAAGAUCAAGUGCUACUACGAGGCGAGCGAGGCUGCUCCAGACCUCCCUGCUCAGGAGGGUGCCCUCUCUGCCCCCACCGGGGUGGUGCGGGACUCUGUGCUCCACUUCAACCGCCUCCCCCAGCAGGAAGGAGCCAUGGACUGCGAGAGGGGCCGGGCUUCUCGGGCCAAGGCCCGCCCUGCCCGCCAGGAGGAUGCUAGGAGGAGAUGGGGCCAGUUUCUUGACCAAAACACCAUCCCUCGUGACGCCAACCAAGAGGAUUCUGGGAACGGGGAGGGCCCGGCCUUUGAUCAAGACACUCAGUUUGGGGCCAACCAAGAGGCCCAAGAGGAUGCUGGGAAGGGACAGGGCCAGCCAAUCAACCCAGACAUCCAUGGCAUCAACCAAGAGGAUGCUGGGAAGGGGCAGGACCAGCUCAUUGACCAAGGCACCGAAGCUGACGCCAACCAAGAGGAUGCUGGGAAAGGGCGGGGCCAGCUCAUUGACGGAGGCACCGAAGCUGACGCCAACCAAGAGGAUGCUGAGAAGGGGCGGGGCCAGCCUGCCAGCCAUGUUGCCCCGCCCCCUGCCGGCCAGGAGCCCGAGUACAAGUCGUGCGCAGAGAUCCGGCGGGCGUGGCGGGAGAAAGAGCGGGGGGCGGCGGACGCCCUGGGAGCGCGCACCCCCCGCAUGAAGCUGGGCAGCAAAGGGCCGGCAGCCGCCCGUGAGCCCCCACCGUUCCUGGAGCCCCUGUGGAUUGUGGAGGAAUCAGAUCUGGCUGCCCCACCCCGGCUGCCCCGUGGCGACGGGGUCCCUCGGGCUGAUGGUGUCCCGCCCGCCGGCUACGCCCCCCUGCCAGGGCUGUACGAGGACACUGCCCCUUGCCUGCUGGAGAACUCGGAGCGGAUCCUUAGCAAGGUCCAGGCCCUGGCGCGGAUGUACAGCGAGAAGAUCAGCCGGUCCAAGAUGGCCCGGAGGCCGCAGGACGGGCUGCGCCGCCCAGUACCCAGCAGGAUGGGCACCCUGGAAAGCCUGCGGGAGGAGAUGCCAGGGCCCUGCCUCCCUCGCUGCGAGCCCCGGCUUUACGGCCAUGUUCUCAUCCGUGAGCCCCCCCUGCACGUGAACUGUGUCCAGGAGAACGUGCUGCUGGUGGCCGCCGCCCGAGGGAACGCCCUGGAUCUGCACAGUGAUGGGCCUGCACCUCUUCUGGCUUCCCUGCAUCUGGGUUCGCCCCCGGCAGAGGAGCCAGGAGCCGCCCAGCAGGAGCUUCCCCCCCCGGCAGCUGUUCCGCCUCCCCCCUCGCUGGUGGAACCGCCCCCGAAGCUCAGCGGGGACCCCCCGAGCCCAGGCAAUCCGGAUGGGGAAGGCCCCGGCAUGGGCAGCUCUCCCUCGCCAGCUCCCGUUGCUACCAGUGGAACUGGCACGACACCCGAAGCCAAGGACUUUGAAGGAGCCGGGUGCCUGUCGGUGCCAGGCUGCCAAGCCGGGCUGCAGGCCUGCGGGCACCGGGGUAAGCCGAGCACCGGGGAGGUUUCCACAGAGACGGCAGCCUCCUCUCCCUUCUGGGAAGCAGCCCUGAGCCAGCAGGCGCCGGAGGUGGCUGGGCCGGUCCCAGUGGCCUCCCCCACCCCUGCAACGGAACGGCAGCCUGCGUGUGUCGGCACGUCCUCCGAGCCCGACCUGGUGGGACAGGACCUCUCCAUCCCUGGCGCUGGCCCCCCAGAGCCGGCGGGGAAGCAGAGUGGGCCUAUCGUUGUCCUGCUGCCAGAGGAGCGGGCCCUGGCUUUGGGCAGGGAUUCCCCGCCUGGCACUGAGGAGCUGCUCCCCCAACCAUUGCUGGGGCCUGUCUGCUGCGAGACAGGAGAGGCUUCCCUGCCUCCUGCGCCAGACCCCGUCCCACCUGCGGCACCCUCCAGUGCUGCAGGAUCCUCGUCUCCGGUCCACAGCAAUGCCCUGCCCCUGGCAGCUGUGCCAUCCCGGGGCACCCGCCUGCCUUCCCGGGCCACGGGCAUGGCACACCCAUCCCCGGAGCUGUUCUCGGCUGCAGCUGCCCAGCCCAGCCGCUCCGUGGCCCGGUCAGCUCCCACGUCACCCAGCUCUGGCCUGGAUCGCAGCCCCCUCCCGGCUCUGCUGCGCCUCCAGACCUCCUCCCCGGCACACCGGCGCCUCUCCUCCAGCGCCGCGGCCAUCUCCAGGUACAUCGCCGCCUCCUGCAUCAGCCAGAGCCUGGCCAAGAGAAAUGGUGCUUCCUCGGGGCCACCUGACACCCAGCCUCCUGCAGCAGAGACUCCGGCACCCACCAGGCCUCUGCCUGCUUGCACAGCCAUCCCGAGAUCAUCCUACCCUUUGGGACCACCUGGCACCCAGCCUCCACUGGCAGAGACCCUGGCACCCACCAAGCCUCUGCCUCCUUGCUCAGCCAUCCCGAGACCAUCCGCCUGCCCCUUGGGACCACCUGGCACCCAGCCUCCUGCAGCAGAGACUCCGGCACCCACCAGGCCUCUGCCUCCUUGCUCAGCCAUCCCAAAGCCAUCCUCCUGCCCCUUGGGGCCACCUGGCACCCAGACUCCGUCGACAGAGACCCCGGCACCCACCAGGCCUUUGCCUCCUUGCUCAGCUGUCCCGAGACUGCCCCCUGGCCCCCUGGGCUCCAGAGCCCCAGCACCCCCAUCUGCUCCAUUCCCCAGUGAGAAGGCCAAUGCCUGGUCUCAUUGUACCAGCAAACGGGACCCUUCCCAGCUCAGUGUCUGCCCUUCCCCCUGUGCAAGCCCUGGGUCGCCCUCUGCCCCGGGCUGUUGCCGCGAUUCCGGCUGGCUGGGGGAGCCCAUCCCCUUGGUGUCUGGCUCGGGCGUGCUGCUGGCCUUCGACCGUCUCUCGGGGACAUGCCCGGCCCCCCGGGCUAAGCAGCCCGCCCCCUUCUCCUCCACUUCAGAGCCCAGCUCCAGGGUCCAGUCUCCAGCGCCAGCCUGCCCCCGGGUGUGCUCCCCGCCUCCCUCCAGUCAGCGCCCCGCAGUGGGAAGAGGUGGCUUCGCCCCCCCGCGGCCUUGCUCCUUUGCCCCCUUGCACGUCCCCUCCCAGCCUUCCACCCUCCGCCUCUCCUCGCCCCUGCAGCCCACCUCCCACCCCUCCGCCACGUUACCUCAGCCAGGCAGGAGGCCGAGGGGAAACCCCGAGAGCCCCCCGUUCCCUAGGGAUGGAGACAGGGCAGGGUGCUGCUCCAGGGCACCCCCUAGCAACUCAGCGAGUCCCAGCCCCGAUGAACUGGAUGGCAUCAAGUGGCCGGAUGUCCCCGGCUUGCGUUCCAGGUACGCUGACUGGGCAGGCAGCAUGGGGGCGCCGGGCUCACCGGAGGAGUAUCCUAAAGUGAGGGCGGACUCGGCUCGGGACAUGGGACCCCAUCGGGCCAGCUACUCCACCACCGUCAACAUCCAGAUCGGGGGCAGCGGCCGGAUCGCCUCCUUCAGCAACGCUCAGGUCAGCCUCACCCACCCGCUGCUGGCGGCGCCCGGGCAGCACAGCACAAGGCGGAUCAAUGGCAGCACCUUAGAGACCCCGCAGAAAACGUGACGGCCCAGGUCAGGCGGGGGGUUUCACAGCCACAGCUGCAGGAGCGCUCCCGGCUCUGCACGUGCCCGGGGACCAAUGGUCAUAUAUUUCUGGGGCUGGAUGGUAUGUGAGGGGCAUGAAUUGUUACUGACCCACUGGGGUUGGCAGGGGUGGGGCCAGAUCCCCAGCUAGGGUAAUUUGGCCAGUUGAAGAUCCGGGCCCAUUGAUCCCAAUGGAAUGAGGCCCAUUGAUGCCAGCUGGGGAUCUGGGUCCAUUGACCAUAAUGGAGCGACAUCCAUUGACCCCAGUGGAAUGAAGCCUAUUGAUACCACCUGGGGAUCUGGGUCCAUUGAACUUAACGAAGCGACGUUCACUGACUCCCAGUGGAAUGAAGCCCAUUGAUGCCAGCUGGGGAUCUGGUUUCCUGAGUGACUUCAGAGGCACAGUGGGGUGGAUAAUGCAGCUGAACUCAAGAGUCCAUCCGUGCAAUUAAGCAACAGUUUCCAGGCCAGGAGGGAUCGGCGGGGCCCGGUCUGUAAAAGCCGUAUGCCCCCAACUGAUUGUGCUCGUCCUGGCCAGGUGGCCACAGCACCUACAGGCCAACAGGUAAAGGGCUUUCUGCCCUGCAAGCCCCCUCACGAGGCAGACGGCAUUCGGUUCAGGCUCUGGGUGGUUUUAACCGCCUGGCUUGUUCCUCGGUGGGUUGGGCCUGCAUCGAGACCAAAGUGAGCGGUGUGGGUGUUUGUAAAGAGGAGUGGGCACUAGAGGGGACACAAACACACACAAAAGCCUAGGCAGCAGGGGGCAGGAGUGUGCACAGGGCAGUACAAACAUAUGCAUACCUCCUUAGCCAGCACGGGGAUCUGCAUGCACACCCGCCUAGCCAGAAGGGAGCAGCGUGGACCCACAGAGAGGCAGCAGAAAUACACCCAACUAUUUUCCUGCUUUUAAGUGUGAAAACCAAAGUGUCUUCUGGGCCAAAUCCUUGCUUCAGCCAAACUCUCCUUGAGGCAGCCCAGCAGAGCAAGAGCCCCAGGCAUGGGGAAAGCCGUUGUCCUGGUGCAGAACCGCCGGCCCCGCCGCAUCUGUCCCCAUUAAGUUGUAUGGAGCCCGGCUCAGAUCGCUAGACCUAGGGGUCAGUUUCAGUCUUUGGACUCUGGCACAUUGAGAUACUGAGGUGUGUCAGCCACACCAUCCCUGUUAUGCCUUCGCUCUGGUGUUUCAGCCUCCCCCCGGCAGAAACCCAGCUCCACGAGUCCCUCUUAAACCUGCGCGAGCUGUUGGGCAGGGGUUGUAUUCCCAGUUCUGCUACGAACUCCUAGUGUGUGAUUGUGGUCUAGCCACUUAAUCUGCCCUGUGCCUCAUUUUCCCCCAUGGGGAUUGUGGACUCUUUGGGGCAGGGUGCGUAGCUUGCUCUGGGCACAGCAUACAUCUCAAUUUUCCUGGGUGCUUCUGUAAUUAAUCUAACAUAAACUGAAACUACAGCUCUGGUGAGCUGAAGCUGGUGCUGUUCAGUAUCCAUGCCCUCAAAUGUGUAGGAAGUGGAUGUUACUUUCUCUGCAAGGGAACCACAGAUGGGCCCUCAACUCUUGCUUAAGGGCUGGCCUCAGGGUGUGCUGGAAAUGGCAAGGCAGCCAUGUCCGUCUCUUUCUGAGGCCUAAACGCACCUUAAAUUCAGAAAAUUUGCCCAUAAAAAUUGCAGUGGGACAGUUGGGUAGAACUGUUUUUUUUUAAAGUAUUUGUAUCAGAUCAACAUGGAAAUCACUGGCUCAAUGUCCGUUUAAACCAGCUGAGAAUCUGGCCCCACUGUGUCCAGUGUAAGAUGCCCCGUUUAAAUUAGGUGGAUCUCCAGCUCUUAAUCUCUGCAGAGUGGCAACUGGUCCAAAUUACUCCAGAAUGAUUUCCCCCCCCUCUACGCCCAUAAAACCUGUAACUCAAAAGCACCCCUCAGUUUCUUCCCAGCUUUCCCUGGAGCUGAGUUGCUGUGAGAUUCUAGUCGAUUUCUCUGACCAAUUCAAGAUGCAAAAUAAGUUUGCUUAAAUAUUGCACUUCUAUAGUAAAAUCCCUCCAGACAUAGCAAUCCUGGGUUGUGAUUUGGAUGAAACGUCUUGGAAUGUUUGAAUCCCUGCUCGUUUUCCUUGAAAUUAACAAGGGGAAAUUGUGUGUGUGUGUGUGUGUCCUUUCCCUAAAAGAGGACAUCAGGAACGGUGGCAAUAAAAUGCGAACAGUGAAAUAAAUAUUGGCUCCUUAAAAAGUGGUACAGCUAUUUCUGGCUUUUUGCAAUGAGUUUUUCUGCUUCAUCUCUAAAGCUGGGUUGCACAAGGAGAUUUUAAAUUGGAGCAGCAGGUAGUUAAAGAGACGCCAGUAUUUAAUAUCGAGUCUUCCAGUUGAACC